AUGACAGAGAUAGAACCAACUGUAUUGGAAGAGGUAAAUAAAAAUUGUUUGACAUUUGAAGAUCAUAAUGUUUUGCAAGAAGGUGUACCACAAGCAUGUUUAUUAACAAAUACGUUAAAAAUGGAUGAUGAACUGCCAAAGAAAAUUAAAGAUUUAAUCACUGAUGUUCCAGAUAAUAUAAAUAAUUUACUGCUAAGGUUCAUUUAUACAUCUGUAAUAUAUGAUGCACAGCAAAUAAAAUUACCAAUCUUCAAAGAUCCCAAUAGACCUUCUUGGGUAUUUCCUAGAGCAUAUGGUAUAUGCACUACAAAAAAGAUGCACAAUUUGUCAAAGAAAUUUUUACAACUUUGUGAAUCAUUAAAUGGACUAGAUAUUGUACAAGACAGAUUAAUAUUACAUGAUGGACUAUCUUCUGUGUGCAUAGAUAAAGAAACGGACUUUAUAAAGUUUUCGUUAAAAACGGAUAUAAUGAUGACAUCUUCAGUGCCUUUAACACCAAUAGCUGAUACAAAUACGAAUAAUGCAUUUGACAUGCCUAACAUUUAUCCAUUACAUGAUACUAUUGGUUUAACCAAAUUAAAUACUUGCAAAAGCGAGGAUAUAUAUCCAAUCACUAUGGAAUCUCCAUUCAUGAAUGUUCACACUAUCUUUAUAAAUCAUGAUCCAGAAGAAGUCAAAAAUAUAACUGAAUUGCCAGUUACUGAAAAUCAAAUUCAUGCACGUUCUAUGAUAAAAUCAUUUACUGUAGCAGCAGUUUAUGCACGACAAAGGUUUGGAUUAAACGUGAAAAAAUUACCUGAACCUGUUGUUGUGCAAUGUAUUCAAUCAGAUGGACAAAAUUUCCAUUUCUCUGUGUAUCAACUUAAUACUUUAGACAUUGAUGGCAAAGAAGGAAUUAGAAAUUUUUGGUGGUCAGAACCAUCAAUAAAAUUGUAUGAAAAAGCUCAAUACGAAAAUGGACAACCUUGUCUUGAAGGCUACAAUAAUGAAGUUUUUAAAAAAUUUCUUGCAUUUUAUAAAAAUAGAUAA